AUGAGGCGAGACGUCAACCUCAAGAGGACAUGCACUUCUGCCUCAUCUGAGUGUUUACUGAAGGAGCUUUUUACCAAGGAGCUGAGCACACCCCUGUCACUAUGGGAAAGCUCACCCUUGUCUUCUCCCUCAGCCCCCUGUCAGCCUGAGGAAUUUGUUACGCGCCGACGCCCCAACACCCACCACCAUCAGCUACCUCUUCUGUCGUCUGAGCACAACAAGGAAGACUCAGGUGGACGUGGAACUGGAGACCGUGGAGCAGGAAGCUGGUCACCACACAGUGACAGGAUGGAACUUCCUGUGCUUACUCAGCCAGGCCUCGGAGUGACCACCACAACGGUGACCACCAUCACACAAACAGGAGGAGACUGGAGCACAGGGCUUUUUGAAGUGUGCAGCGACAGCAGCACAUGCUUGGUGGGUACAUUUGUGCCCUGCUGUUUGGAUAUGAGUUUGGCUCAUCAGUUUGGAGAGUGCCUGUGUCUGCCUCUGCUACCUGGCUCCACCUUUGCUAUGCGGGUUGGCAUCAGGGAGCGUUUUAAAAUCAGGGGCAAUGUGUGUGAGGACUGGGCUACAGUAUGCUUCUGCUACCCUUUGGCUCUUUGUCAGAUGAGCCGGGAGAUGAAGAGGAGGCUGAAGAGUCAGAUUUACUCUGUUUCUACUGCACUGGAGUGCUCCUGAGAGAGAGAGAGAGAGAGAGAGAGAGAGUGAGAGAGAGAGCAAAAGAGAAAAUGUGUGAGAGAGAUGGGGAUGUAUAUAUGAAACUCUUAAUAACAGAGAGGGUUUUAUUAAGAGACCUGUCAUUACUUCCUGGUUAAAGACCGAUGUCUCUGGCAUUUCAAAAGUAUGUAUAGAUUGAUGGAUGGAUGGAUGGAUGGAUGGAUGGAUGGAUGGAUGGAUGGAUGGAUGGAUGGUUGGAUGGAUGAAUGGAUGGAUGGUUGGAUGGAUGGGUAACAGGGGAUUUGUUUAUAUAUGCUUAAUGUAGAUGUAUCGUCAGAAUGCCUUCCCUUGUUCUAUGUUUUGGUAGGUUAUUUUAUUGCACAUUUUAAUUUUGUUGAAUAUGUUUUCUUUCUUUUUAAGGAGCACGUCAGGUUACUGAUGCAAUACAAAUGCAUAUUUCUAAAAUUAGUUUGUGAAAUAAAACCAUUUGUGUAACUUGAUGCAUUAUUAAUUAUUAUUUAUUUGCAAUUUUCUGUUUGCACCUAGACCGGCAAUGACAGGAAAUACAGUUUUGAGGAAGCUGAGAAUCCUUUGCAGUUAUUUUAGCAUGAAAUGCUCCUAAAAUUUUAUCUUUCUCUAGACAGUUAUAUAUAAUCUUGUUUUGCUCACAAUUUUACAUUACCUUGUCAUUAUUUAUUUACUGUUAAACAAUCAAGGUGGUAUAUAGGUAAUGUAUGUUAACCCUUUUGGAUAAUGAUAAUGUUCUAAUCGUAGGGCUGGUCAAACCUAAGUUCUACUGAGGUCCAGUAUGAUCAAUGACUUGGGCUUCCACUAGCUCACAGUCAGGCAAAGUAGUUUACAAAUGGAAGAAACACAGCUAAUUGCAUUUCAUCCUGCAAAGGGGAUAUUGUAGAAUCAAUGGAAAAGUAACAAAGACCCCCAGGGUGACAGCUAAGGAUCAAGACAGGCUUGUACUAAAACAUACGGUAAUCAAAUCUGAAUAAGAAUGUUCCUAGAGGGUAACUAUGGAGGAAACAAGUUGCCCAUUGGAAGUUUGCUAAAGACCACAUGGAUAUAACACAAACCUCCUGGAACAUUGGGCCUCAUUCACCAACUGUUCUAAAGAAUAUUCUCCUUAAAUCCCACAGUUUUCACAAAGAUUCUGACAUUCACCAGUGUUUUCUUAUUUGGGAUUUGUUCUCAGGUAAGAACAGCAUCUACACAGACUCAAGAGCACAAAAGUGCAAACAAUACUGUGAUUUAAGAACACAUCAUGAAGAAAAAACUCGAUAUUCAUAAAUGAGGCCCAAUGUUCUUGGACAUACACCGCCAGUCAUAAGUUUGGACACUUUAUUGUAUGUAUUCCAAUUCUCUGGAAUGUCUUUUGGUCUAAGGGCUUGUGCUUAAAUGUUUCAGAGUUGAAUAUGAAUAUUCAAAUAGUUCGAUCUCUGGUGAUGCUACAGGCAUCUAUGGCCAGGAGUCCAAAAGAGCACAGCUGGCCUUGCUCUCUCUGGAUGGAUAGAAUGGUCCUCCCUC